AAACAAAAACCACGAAUGACCUCUAAACUGUCCGAAUCUCGAAAAGUCCCGACAGCGCAAAAGGUUUACGAGAACGAAAGUCGCACGUGGCGUGACGUCACUUCAGGAGGCGUGGUUAAGUGCCCUGUACGGAGGGGUCAAUUAACUGCGUUAAUCACCAGUUCCGUGCCUGUGAGAAAACAUUCUACAGGUCUGAGGUGCAUUCGUAUCACAGAAGCGUGGAAUCUCAGGGGGAUGUGCAAUAAGCCACACGAGGUCAAAACAGAUUCUCCAGCUGCUGCUCCAGCACAAAUCUCCCCUCGUCUUGGGUUCAAGAUCCCGGGCUACAGACCCUCGGAACUAGACAAGAAGAUGCUGCUCUGGUCAGGACGCUACAAGACAGCCGACCAGAUUCCUGACCUGGUAUCGUUUGAAGUGCUUGACGCUGCCAGAAACAAAGUGCGAGUGAAAGCCUGCUACAUGAUGAUGGCAGCCACGGUCGGUGCCUGCUUGUUGAUGAUUUUCCUGGGCAAACGGGCUGCCAGCAGAAACGAGUCCCUGACGGGUCAGAACAUGGAGAGGAAGGCCAAAUGGAAGGAAGAACUACAGAGAGAGCAAGAAGGCACCAUCCCCUUGCCUGACAAGCCCCAAUGAUGUGGGAACAGCAACGGAACUAUAUAAUCAACUCCCCCCUUGAAAUUGGGAAGAUCCAUAGAACUAGACUCAAAUGCACGUGUAUUCAAACUGAAUGAAAAGUGUUGGUUUGGAAACACAUGACAGCAUUUUCACAAAUAGUGACCAGGGGUGCCAUUUACUUAACUGCUGAUGUGAGGCGGCAUUGAUCACUUUAAAUACACAUUUUUUUGUAUAAAGUAUAUUACAGUUUCUGCAACACGUAGACUUUAACACAAGAUGGCAAAACAUGCAGUAUAUUGCCAAAAGUAUUUGCUCACCUGCCUUGACUCACAUUGAUAAUGCCGUUCUAUAGUCAUAUGGUUGAAUAUGAUGUCAGUCUACUCUUUGUAAUAACUCUUUUGGGAAGGCUUUGAACAAGGUUUAGGAAUUAGUUCAUGGGAAUUUUUGCCUGUUCUUCCAGGAUCAAAAUUGUGAUGGUCACACUGAUUUUGGACGAGAAGUUCUGGUUCACUGUCCAGUCAACAUCAACCCCAUAAGAGUAAGAGUAUCAGGUUGAGGACAGGACUGUUUAGGCCAUUAAAGUUCAUUCAUACUAAAUCCUCCUGUCCAUGUCUUUAUUGUCGGUGCUUUGUGCACAGACAUACUAGAACAAGAAGUGGUCAUCCCCAAACUGUCCAAAAAUCUCUCAGCAUGCGGAACCAUUCAGUUACUUUCAGUGAAGCUCAAGGGCUAAUAUUGUGGAUCUUUACAGCUUUGUGGGAACAAUUUGGAAAUGGCCAAUUCCUGUAACAUGACUGCAUUCAGCAAUGCACAAAUAUAGGUUCAUAGACUCAGAUGAGAGCGUUGGAUGAGGAUGAACUUGAAAGGCCUUUACAAUCCUGAUGAACCCUAUGGAACACUUUUGGAUGAACUAGAGUGGAGACUAAGAGCCAGUCCAAUGUCAUUGUGGAACCUCACAAAUGCACUCCUGGAAGAAUUCUCAUAAAUGCACCCCUAAACCUUGUGGAAAGCCUUCCCUAAAGAGUUUAAGAUGUUAUAAUUGCAGAGGGUAGACUGAUGUCAUACUAAAUAUUGCGCAUGAAAUAUGAUAUGUCAGUUAAAAUCAUCAGAGUCAAUGCAUAUGAGGUAAUACAUUGGGCAAUAUAGUGUAUACAUUCUAAUCUUUACUAUGACAACACCUAAAAUGGGCACUAAGAAACUCUUGAAGUGAUGCUUUUCUUAUCAGCAACAGAUCAUAUGAUCUCAGCAGUUAUUUUAAUUAUAUAAGUUUAUUUUCUGAUGAGGUGGAAAGGAGGAAUUGUUCUUUGAAAAGGGCAUGUGUCUUUUUUGUUUGCAUGAAAAUAGGUCUGGACUGCAACAAGUGGUAACACGAUCAAAUCUCGAGUUGCAUUAUAAGUCUGUGGUAGAAUCUAGCCCAUUGGGUGUCAUGGUAACAGAAGCCUGACACUAUAAGGCUGGAUUAAGAUUUCCCAACUGGCAUGAGUUAGGUCCAGAGUACAUUUUGUGCUAGAAUUGUUUCUUAGAUUAUUUUCACAAAAGCAUACCACAGCCAUGUUUGACACCUGAAACCUUAAAAUUGUGAAAAAGUCUCUUGAAUGACAUGCAACGUGGCCAUUAUUUGAGGAAAUUUUGUAUCCUAACCCUAUGGUUUUAAAAACUGUCCCUAAACCAGUCAUUUCAGGUUUCAACUGUGUUGUCUCUUUUGACAAGGUAAGAAAAAACAAAUGAGUAAUUUCAAUAAAAGUAAUUCUCGUUGA